AUGAAUGGUCAAGUAGAAAAUUAUAGAACCAGCGGAAAUGCAAAUUUUACAUAUGGGGGAGAAGUGUUGUGCGAUAUGGAGAAUGAUAUAACAUCGAAGAGUUUCAGUUUAAGUCCAUUGAAAACUCAAGAUAUUGUUAAUUCGAUAGGCGUCUCUAGAAGAAUAGUGAACUCGGUGAUGGAUGAGUUGGAGUCAAGAGUAAACAACAACGCAGACACAAAUGAGCACGAUAAUAUAAUGGAUAAUAAAAGUAUGGAGUUUCCUGUGACUCCUAAGAAAUUACGUUUAAGUCCUAUUAAAGAUUUGGACUUAACAAUUAAGAGAUUGAAGGCAAAUGACAGUGCAUCAGUUCCAAUGCCUGCACCACCCACUUCAUCACCUGCUGUUAACGAUAUAACAAGACGUAUAAGAAGACUCCGAUUAAAAGCAGCAAUGGUUAAUACAUCAUCUCAUAACACAAAUAUAAAAAAUCUGAAUAAUAGUGAAAGUGUGAUUAAUAAAAAAUUAAGUAAUCAGCAGCCACUAAAGACACCCAAUUUCUUAAAAUCGACUAUAAAUUCAUCAAAUAAAAGAAUAAUGAAUACUGUAAAACAAAAUACAAGUUCAAAUCGCACCCCUACUUUGUUUAACAGUAAUAAUACAAAUGAAUUUGGAAGAUCCUCGUCUCGCAUGGAUGUUCGAGUAAAUAAUACAAGUAAAGUAAUACCUACACCCUCAAAACCAAGCAAUAAUGCUCAUUCUGUGAAUAAUACAAAUAAAAGUGCAAGCAUAAAAUCACAAGUCACACGCUCUUCAUCAACACAAGUAUUCGAUAGGCUAUACCAUCAGUCCUCUGUUUCACGUUCAAUUUCCAUGAAUAAUGUUGCUGUUGAAAAUGGGAAUUGUAAACCCCCUGGAACCAAACGCUCAAUGACGAGGAGUAAAACUAGCAAUAUGCUAUCCAGUCAUAUAUCUGAAUCAACUAACAAACCUGCAUGGAGGUAA